GUAUAAUGGUUUUUUACCUCCCUGUGAUAAGGGUAGACGUAGAAGCAAGUUUGUGUUGCACAGACGCCAGGCGGCCAAUGGAGUCAAACCUGCUCGGCAUUAUGUGGUGCGAACGCCACAAAAUACACAGGCUAUAUUGGACGCCCAGCAACACAGCAUCUCAUAUACGCUAUCACGAAACCAAGCGGUGAUUGUAGAGUAUCAGUUAGAUACAGAGACGGACAUGUUUCAAAUUGGUCGGUCGUCUGAAACACCCAUAGACUUUGUUGUGAUGGACACGAUACCUGGUGAUAAACAUGGGGAAUUGAAGGUGACGCAGAGUACAAUUAGCAGAUUUGCGUGUCGUAUAAUUGCUCACAGAACAACUCGCACCACUCAGGUUUAUGCUGCUGGCUUCGAUUCGUCGAGAAACAUAUUUCUGGGGGAAAAAGCGACUAAAUGGCAGAACAACGGAGAAAUCGACGGCCUGACAACAAAUGGAGUCCUCAUUAUGCAUCCACCAAGUCAAUUUUGUGGAGGCGAGGCCAAACCGGGCAUCUGGAGGGAAGUAUCAGUCGGGGGAGGUGUUUAUGCAUUAAGAGAAUCACGGUCUGCCCCACAGAAAGGCAUAAAGAUUGAUGAGGAAACAAAUGUAUUACAAGAUGGCACGUUGAUAGACUUGUGUGGAGCUACGUUACUAUGGAGGUCGGCAGAGGGUUUAGGAAAAUCUCCCACGAAACGACAUCUAGAACAGAUGGUGGACGAGCUCAAUGCAGGUCGUCCACAGUGCCCUGUAGGACUCAAUACCUUAGUCAUACCCAGAAAGGCUACCCUCACAAGCACGGAAAAGCAGCCUGUAGUGUAUCUGAACUGUGGCCAUGUGCAGGGUUUACAUGAGUGGGGUCAUGAGAAGGACUCGAAUUCCCACACUUGCCCUAUGUGUCUUAAGGUUGGGCCAGUAGUCAAGUUAUGUAUGGGCAUCGAGCCUGCCUUUUAUGUUGACAGUGGCCCUCCGUCAUUCUGCUUUAAUCCUUGUGGACAUAUGGCCUCUGAAAAGACAGUUAGGUAUUGGGCUGCAGUACCUAUUCCUCAUGGGACCAAUGGGUUUCAUGCAGCUUGUCCAUUUUGUGCUUCACCUUUAGAAGGUGACCCAGGCUUUGUCCGACUCAUUUUUCAAGACAACUGCGACUGAAUUCCCUCCUGGCAUUACACACACACUAUAGAGUUAUCAUUGGACAACCUUUGGAAUCAUAUCAUCACAAUCCUACAGUUUGAUAUGCACGAUGUCCUCUUUUGUUGAUCAGGUUUUAACAGGUGAAACUCAAUUUGUCAAGACAUAUAUAUCGUUAGACUUGUUUUAUGCAACUAGAAUAUAUUGCUUGUUGAACUGUACAAUAGUAUGUAAAAGAAACAGUAGAGUGAAUCAUACCCACUGCUGGAAAGAGAGAGAGAGAGAGAGGGUUCUUGCAUGAUGUGUAAGUGGUUGACAAAACAAGAAAAACUGGCAUAUGAAAAGGUCUCUUGGAAACCGAGACGCAGUGACCGCUCGCCAGCGCACUACACACCAAGCAUUGCCAACGACGGCCUCACUUGCCAUCGCAUACCGGGUGUUGAUGUCAUCUUUUCAGUAAGUAUUAAUUCUGCCUACAGUGGAGACUCCUGUGCUGCCAAGCCUCAUCCUCAUGUGAUGGAAAGUUCAGUAGGAAACUUCUGUGAAAGACUGUGAGUUAAAUGUGGAAAAAAAACUUUGUUUGCAUGUCAAAGAAGUGACAAUGGAAAAAAGGCAUUGGUUCUGAUGUGAUGGAAGUUUAUACAGUUUUAUAUAAUAAUCUCAACCAUGAAUAUGCCCCUUAUGCUGUUAUCGUAAAGAAAAGGAAGAUAUGUUACAUAAUCUUGCAGGUAUACUGUAUAUGUUGGUAUAUAAGGUGGAUACCUAAUAUUUCAAUUUUAAAUGUAGGUUUUAAACUAUACUUGGUGUAUGAGGUGAUUCAAGGUCUUAGUAUUGAGAGCUUACUUUUCCAUUAAGCAUUUGCCAACCAUCCUGCUGAUCAGUGGAGUGACUUUAGUAUGCUGUUAACCAACACAGUCUUGAUUAUUCAAAAAACGACUGGUUCAUUUCAAAUAUUGCCAAAAUGCUGUCAGUUACCUAUCGUGAUAUGCAUCAAACUUACUCAGCUGUUGUAGCAUUACCACUAGUGAAGUGUUGAUAUGUUGCCAGGCAUAAUUUUACCUUUUGAUUAAAAUUAUUGAUAGAUAUUCUUACUUCUAUGUUUGAUAUAGUACAUUAAGAAUAUGGCUCUAAAUUACAUUGCAGGUAUUUUCUUUAUUUUGUCAAUUCUUGUUUUACUUCAGACAUUUGGUAUGACUGUUCAUAAUCUUUGAAUGAUAUCCUCAGCUGAGCUGUGCAAUGCUGUUGAAUAGGUUUGUAGUACAUGUUCAUUAUUUUGCUACACCAUCACAAUCAAUAUAGAUUUACUGUACUGUCAAGCUUUGUUUGGAAAUAUCCAAUGGUAGGACAAAUUAUGAAUUAUGUAAGUACUUUAUGCUCUUUACCACUGUCAUUGGUGACCCUCUAAACAACAGGUAGUUAGGGUUCAUAUUUUGUGCCUCAUGCACAGAUGACUCCUGAUUCUGGGAUGAUUUUUUUAAAGGUUCAAAUUCCAUGCUAUACACCAACAUAUACAAUAUAUGAUUGAUAUGUCAGUGAUGAAAUGGUCCAUAUUUACUCUGUUUGAAUCCUGUAUUGCACCUGAAAUCCUUGCCCACAUCCUUGUAACAAUUGAGACCACUUUAGAAGUCAGAGCCAAAAAUAUAUAUACAAGGUAAAAUGUAUUUCCACUAAAAAAGUAAAUCAUAUUUGCAGUAUUACCGCAAAUAAAUGAAAAUACUCUAGUAUUAUUGUUUAGCCACCAUCUUCAUUGCUUAAAACUAUGUGACUUGUACGUUUGGAAGGCAGUGUUAUUUUAAAGCAUCCACACAAAUCAGGCUUAUAUAUCACCCUGCACAAAGGCUCAGCAUUGCCACUUCUUUGCAUGGUAUAGGGAAACAAAACCUUUUUUUAUUUCUAAAAAUGUUAUGAAAGGAAAAAAAAAGGUAACAUGCCUAAUAUAGUGCCACUUCAACUUGCAGCAAUAAAUAAUAGCUAUUUGUAGACAGAACCACAGAAGUGCUUGCCAUAUUUCUUCUUAAUCAGCUGUUUCCAUUUAUUGCAUACAGGGCUAUGCAGCAUUAUGGCAUGUAUGUUAUCAGCUUUAUUCCAUAGGGCACUUAUCAGUUACAAGGUAUAUUGUAAGACUGCGUUGAUAAGGGACUUUUGAACUACCACCAUUUUCUGACCUUAAUUAGUAGUCAGAUAUGCAAGAAUUGAGGUUGAAAAGCCAGUAUUGACACUUUAUUUGAGCUAUUGAGCAUUCCAAUUAUGUAAAAGAUGCUUUUUUUCAGUCAACUAGUACUUAAGUUUUACCACAGGAACAGAAGAAAGAUCUGAGAGGAGAAAGGGAUAUUUUGUAUUGAGAAGGUGGAGAUGAAUGAGGUAGAAAAGUAUAUAUACAUAUUUAAUGUUUUACCAGCUCUGUAUAAUCACUGAAGUUAUAUGUGUCUUGUCUGUCUGUUGUGGACAAGAUCUUGGGUGAGAAAGCUGAGCUGUCGAGCCUUUUUUGGAAAUAUUGAUAGAUGACACCAAGUACUUGGAAGGAAAAUAAAGUUGGAAAACAGAGAGACAUAAAAGUUCAGUGUAAUUAAUUACCCCAAGUUUCAAAUGCCCUUUGUUAAUGGCAAGGAAAUCUUUCUUUUGCUGUUGUAGAAAAUUUUUGAAAUUUCAGAAUUUUAGUGUUCAGAUCUCUAUUUUAAAUCAUUAGUUUGUUGUGAGAGAUUAAUAAUUGUUUUUUUAUUAAUAUGGUAUAUUUCUUAGUAUACUAGUAAUAACAAAAAUAAUUUUGAAUAUUCUUUCAUACUUAACUUUUUUUUUUCCAAAACAAAAAAUUGGUAGGGAAAUAAUAUAGCCAAGUGUAAAGAGAAAGUUAAUAGAAACAUUUUUUAGAUAUUUUUUUAUUGGAAUUGAUACCCAUUGUCACCAAUGGAAUAUCCUGAAUUAAUAUUAAUUUUGAUGAGCAGUAUUAUUUGAGCAAGAAGGGAAAGAUUUUCAUGAUUUUGACAUCGGGCUCUUUGUGAAAUGUAUAACUUUCAUUUGUAAAAAGUGAAAAAUGAAAACAUUUGCGAGAAAGAUGAAACUAUUGUUCCAAGUAUGAAUAGAGGAGAUGAAGCAUGAGUAUUAAAAAUUUAUUCGUUAUACAAAGUGAGUUUAUAAGCCUUUGACAGAACUAAAACUUCAUUUUCUCUUUUGAAUUCAAUCCAAUCUAUGUGAUAACCCCUUGACGGCGGUAGUAAGGAAGAGUAAAACAGAAUAAUAUGAAGAAAUCAGAGAUGCUUUCAGUAAUUUUUUGUGGUAUAUCAGGGACUUUGUUAUAAACUAUUUUAAGAAAAGUAUCUCAAGGAAGAUCAGUUGAUUUCUGUAGUGUCACGUACGUAUUAGAGAUUGUAAUUUGUAUUCUAUUUGAAGUCUUCGUAAGUCUUAAGAACGUAUAAUGAGCUGUGGUUGCAGGGAGACAUGUUGUUGCAUCAUAUCACCUUAAUGUUGUCGUGAGUUAGAUUUGUCCACUAGGAUAAGAAGGAAAGACUGUAAUGGACUCGUAUUGCUGCUGGAAAAUGAUGAGAAGGGUAUAAACAUUUUUGUCCUUUGGAUAUGAAAUUAAGUGAAUAAAUUGAAAGAUAUUGAUGGCAGGAGGAUAGUGAAGAUAAUUUUCUAUUUGUUGCUCUUCUGUAGGUAUGUAUAUUAUUUCAUUUUAUCAUGUAAUUGAUGCAGGAAAUAACAUUCAUCAAAACUAGUAAAAUAUUGUUGAUCAAGAAUUUGCAUAGUAGUUAACACUACUCAGUUAUAUUCUGUAAAUAAAAGUAAGAUUAGUGCAAAUAAUGCAGACCUUAUUACCAAAAUACUCACUAAUAUAACUUUUAGUAUUUGUAUGUGGAAUAUUUACACAUGCAAAUAUGGUAUAUAUUGCCUCAUUGUGUGAAGGACAUCAUACGUUGUUCUGUACAUUGAAUGGAUCAUCCCAUUAAUGUAAAUGAUAAGUAACAGAAAACCGCUGUCAAGGGGUUAAGUGUAUUAUUUGUGCCUGACUUGGUGGGUGCAUCUUUGGAGCUGCGUUCGUGGAGGUUACAACACAUCCUGGGCUGACAGGGUGAAUGUGGAAUCAGAUACUUGCAUACACCUGUGCCUACAGUCACUCUCAUAAUCUACAUGUAUCUUCAUGCUGGCUAGCACACUCACACUAAUGUUUACUGUCACACACACAUUGUACAUUUACAUACACAUGCGUAAAAAUAUAUACAUUUGUGUAUACAUGUAUUCAUUUACAUGCCCAUUUACAUGAACAUGUGUAUACACAUGCAAACGCACAUGCGGACACACACAAACACAAAUGCAAAAACAUACACAAACAUAGGCAUACACAUGUGUACAUACAAACAUGUGCUAACUCAUACACAAGCACACAUGCAAGGGCGCGCAUGUGUGCACACACACACACAAACAAACAAACACACACACACACACACACACACACACACACACACACACACACACACACACACACACACACACACACACACACACACACACACACACACACACACACACACACAUACACACAUACACACAUAUAUAUUUAUGCUUAUAUUUUCUGAAAUUGUAAUUGAAAAGAGUACAUUCAUGUGUUCUCCCAGAGCACAUCCAUUUUACACCCAGACAUAACCUUGAAAUUUUUAAAAAGACAUGGAUAUAUGUUUAUAUAAAUAUGUAUUUAUAUUUAUAUAUAUGUAAACAUAAACGAGGAUAGAAUAAGUAGUUGGUUAUUGAUUCCAAAAUGUGGAGUGUUUAAUUGGUAAGAUAACGGUUGAUUUGAGUGUAAUAUUUUUUUCUUCUUCUUCACCCUCUUGUAGGUAGGAAUUCUGUUUUUGUGACUUAUACAUCGAGUGUAUUUAAAGAGCUGAAGUCGCAGGGCGUUGUUGUUGUACACUUUCCGAGUUCAGCCUGGAGUAUGACCCUUAAUGGCAGCCUCGGAGACGAGUUGCCGGUUAGAUUUACGAAGCCUUGCUGUGGUCACAUGUGAAACGUUAAGAGGGCGGCAUGACUUGUUGUAGCCAGAGCGUUUUUUUUAAGAACUUGUGCAGUAAAAUUUGUCACUUCUAAAUUUAGAAAUUGGAUUUUGAAUUGUCAUUUGCAGCUGGUGCUAGAUGGUGGAGUGAAAGAGAGAAGGCCAGCUGAGUCAGAAAGGCGCUUCAAGUGUUAACAUACUGGAGAUAGAUGGGGAUAAAGUAACUCACCCUUACUUCUAAACCUUGUUCCUUGAAAUUAUUUGCUUUAAUUGAAUAUUUCAUGAUCAUUGUUAUUAUUAUUAUCAUUAUUAUUAUUAUUAUUAUUAUUAUUAUUAUUAUUAUUAUUAUUAUUAUUAUUAUUAUUAUUAUUAUCAUUAUCACUAUCUUUAUUAUUGGUAUUGGUAUUGAUAUCAAUAUUUAUAUUGAUAUUAUCAUUAUUAUUGCUAUUAUCAAUGUCAUUAUCUUUAUCAUUUUGAUAAUGAUUAAAAUGAGAAUUUUUAUGCUCAUUAUACAAAUAACAAUAAUAAUGCUAUUAUCCUUAUUACAUUUUUAUUGCUGUUAUUUUGAUUAUAAUUACUUUGUUUCAUUUAUUUUAAUUAUUAGUGUACUGUCGAUGCUAGCAGUAUCACCAUUACUAUUAUUAAGGAUAAUGUCAGUAUGUAAUGGAAUACACUUUGAGCCAUUUGUUGAGAGAAAAAUUUUCAGUCCAAAAAAAAUUAUUAUAUAUUAAGAGGAACACACUGCUGAUUAUGUUGUAAAGUUUCUAAUGAACAGGUUGGAUAAGCAGAUGGUGUUAGGAGUGGAUGUGUGACACAGACAGGCUGUACAUAAAAGAAAAAAAAAAAAAAGAAAAAAAAGAGAAAAAAAAAAUGUUGUCCCUUUGUAUCAAUGAGCUAUUUUUGUACUCAAGAUGUGGUGACCUAGAAGUUAGUCAUUGCUAUGAUGAUGAUGAUGAUGAUGUAAUAUACAAUUAUUAUUAUUAUCACUCUUGUACAUCCCCCCCCACCCCCCACCCCCAUACCCCCCUAGCCAUGAGAGUGUGGGGCCCCUUACUGUGAGUAGCUGAUAAUUGUGUUGGGAAGGAACUCUUUGACUCGGCCAGGUGAAACCAGCCAGGAGGGGAGAGGAAGAAGAGGAGGAGGAGGAAAAGGAGGAGAUGAGAGGUGAGAACAAGAAGAGGUGGUGGUGUUGAAAGGUGAAAGGAGGAGGAAGAGGAAGUGGUGGUGAGAGGUGAGAGAAAGAGAAGGAAGAGAAAGAGGAGGAGGUUUUGGUGAGAGGAGGAAGAGGAAGAGGAGGAGUUCAGAUAAAAAAAGAGGAGGUGGUGAGAGGAGUCACUUAUGGAGAGUGAGAAUGAGAUAGAGAGAAAGAGAAAGAAAGAAAGAGAGGAAGAUAUGUGUGCUGAGUAAACAUUCUUUAUUGGAAGUAAAUGGUGCAUUGGUGAGAAUAUUUUAUUUUUUUGGUUUUCUUUAUUAUUUUUCAUACAGGAUAUACCAAAUUAUUAGUAUUUGGCUGCAUUUUGCAUGUCUGUAAUAUAUGAACUGGACUUAGUUGAGCAGCAAAGAGGGAUUUGUUAAAAAGUUGUCAAUAGUAAGUCACAAUCAUUGCCAACAAAUGGAAAAGCAAAUGAAGGUGAGAGCAUGUGUAUGAAGAUGAGAUUAGCACCCAGUAGUCAUUUGUUGUUACUACUACAUUACUAGAUUCUAUUUUAGGGAUGCAAAAGAUGCAUGCGUUAAACCAUUAUGCCAGUUUUCUUUGUUUUUCUUAUAAAGAGAUAUGGACAGUGGGUGGAUAGGUGGGUGAAACUGAUAGGAAAGAUGGUUUGUUUGUAUGUGACUCUGUAUGCGAAUGAAAGUGUACAUUUAUUGAAAUAUAUUUUGAAGGAUAAGAAUUAUUCAAUAAUACUUUCACAACAUUGGGUUAUCUGAUUUAGAAAUCUUGUCUUCAUUGGUACCUAUUUCCUAAUUGCUUUUAGGGUCAGACUUUGUACAUUUUAAGAAGAAAAGAAACCGUACUGAAAUACAGUUUGUCCUUGAUAUUUUGGAACCUUAGUCCAUUAGUGCAGUUUGCUCAAAGUAUCUGGCACUUGAUUUUAUUGUUCAUACUUAAACAUUAGAUAAAAGUGAAGUUAUACAAUGUUAUCCUUUUUAUACGUAUGCUAUAAUACACCUUCAUUUACUGGCAAGAAAAAUAUUCAUGCCACAUGAUUCACACCAGCUCUGACAUGAGCCACAUGUAUGCAAAUAAAGACACACAUCACAGCCAGUGUUUUCUUAUUCAUACAGAAUCAAGUACAGUAAUGGGGAAAUAUAAAAUACAGUAAUACAAUAAUAAAGAGAUUAUAAGAGUGCAUUUUAUCUGUAUUAUCCCAAAUCUAUUAUGUAAGGUCCACUAUGUCAAGGGUGAACUGUACAUUCAGACAUUCAUAGACAUGUCUCAAACACGCAAAUAUCCAUUCACUUACACACACCCUAAAACAGACACAAACAAAUGGAUAUGCUUGACAUCCCAUACCCAUGUACAUGAACACAUGCAUGAUCACAUACAUUUACACAUGCAUACUACUUAUGUAAUGUAAUCUUCCCAAGUCAUUAAGAGUAAAGAAAAUUAUUUUGUAACUUUAAAGUUCAUUGGAAGAAUAAUUAAAGUAAAAUACAAAUGAAGUCUAAGAGUGAAUGUUUAGUUCAGUCUUAGUAUAACUUUCUCAAUAUAUUAUUAUGUAGCAAAAUCUUUUGGGGAAUAGAUUUUUUUUUCAUUGGGCAUUAGCAAUGAUUUUUUUCAUGUUCCUUUUUUAACUAAAUCUGUUGGUGGCUGUAGCAUUUUUUACCUUCAUAAAUUUACACAUAUAACCUUAUGGCAAAAAAUUUAAUGUAAUCAGCAUGGAGAGUUGAUAUUGGGUAAUACUGAUAUGCUGCUAUAUAUCCCACUAAUUCUUAUGGUUCCUAACAGACUCUACUUUUAAAGCGUUUAAAACUGAAUGAAUUGUCUGAAUGUUCAGUUGUGUUACAAUGUAUUUGUAUUGAGCCUUGUCAACUUAAUUUCUCUUAAGAAAAAGAAAGGUUAACUAAAGAAAAAAUUUAAAAUGUGAAUGAACCUGAAAAAAUAUUUAGAAUAUUUUAGAAUAUGUAUUCACAUGUAUACAUAUGCAUUCAUAUGAUUGAAAUAUAUAGCACUGGGACUUGGUACUAAACUUGUAUUUUAUGUUACCAUUGUGCAUAUCAAGCACUGAAAUAACCUUGCUAGCAUGCCACUUUACCAUAAAGGUCAGUGGGGCUUGCAAAUGUAUUCAUCAUGUACCAUUCUUUGUAAUGCAGUAUAUACAUGUCCAUAUUUGGAUGAUUAUAACUGAGAGAGAGAGAGAGAGAGAGAGAGAGAGAGAGAGAGAGAGAGAGAGAGAGAGAGAGAGAGAGAGAGAGAGAGAGAGAGAGAGAGAGAGAGAGACUGAUAGACUGAUUGAUAAGUUGACUGGAUGAAUGACAGACUGAUUUCUGAAUGGAUGGUCUAGUCACAGUAUGAUCAUGUCACUCACUCGAGCACCUCUGUACAUAGUUUAUUCCCUAAACAGACUGUGAUUCUUUUUUAUAGGUCCAGAGUUAUCCUAGGGCUUGGGCUGGGGUAAGGCUCAUGGUGUGGCAAAAAAAACACAAGUAUGGAACCAGCGUUACCACUUCACUCCUAAUUGUGUAUUAUAAGUGGUUCUUUGAUGUGUUAAACUGUGGCACUUAUGACCUACCGAGCAGUUUGCUCGCUUGAACAUUGCUUUGAUAAACAGUUUGCAUUGAACUUAUGACAAAUUUGUUUGUGUGGAUUCUGGUAUGGUUUUUAAUUUUGUUUAAAGGUUCACUCAUUAUCCUUCCCAGUGUUUAUAAGAAAUGAGCUAGAUCUGAUCAGGUGCCGCUUUGCGUCUGGCAGUUUGCCGCUUCAUAACAGAAGUUUUUAUGUAUAUAUAAUGAUGUUUCCUUGUUAAGAACUUGCUUAUUUCAACAGAUAUAUAUUUAUCCUCUGAGUAUAGGAUAUUUUACAUUUGGUCAUACAAGCAAUUUAUUGUUUCACAUUUUAUAUUAAUGAAAAUGAUAGACAAGCUUCUUAUCAAAUGUUAUUCUGAGCAAGGUAAACUCUUAGUUGUAUUAUGAUCUAUGUAAAUCUAAGGAGCUGCAUUAUCUUAAAGUAUGCUAAUUAGGGCAGAAAAGAAAUGCCAUACUGAGGAGCUUUUCCAGAAAGUUCAAUCUAAACAUGUGUCAUAUAAAAUGUAUCAAGUAUUCCUUCAGAGUAAAUAUUUUAACCCCAUUUAGACACUGAUAUUAUAUCUUCACUAAUUAUAAAAAAAAAAUAGAUUCAUCUCUUACCUUUUUCAGUAUCAUAUAUGGGGAGUGUUUCUUUUAUAUGAUUUCACUGCAGAAAACCUUGUGUAUAAGAGUACUAAAUCAAUUUUAUAUAUUUGCAGAUGUGAAAGUUCAUUUGUGUCUGUAUUUUCAUAUGUGAAACACAGAUUGUUUUCUUGAAUUGCAAACAAACAAACUCAAAACGAUUAAGGAAGAAAAAAAAAAAGAUUAAAGAGUAGAUGAGAGAAAGAAAAUAAAAUAAGUUGAGUCAUCAAACCUUAUACAAAAAAACAAUAACAAAAAACAACUGUUUUAUGAUCAACCAAAAAUGUUAUUUGAUAAAUAUCACUUUUACAGUCGUUUGAACCCACACCCCAGACCACCGUCCAGCCACACUGUAUACUUUCCCCCCCGGGUAACUAGGGUAAUCCCAGUAAUCUGUAAGAUGUUCUUGCGUGUUCCUGUAACCCCUAUGGUUUGAGAGACUGGCCCACUUCACUGUGUGAAUAUAUAUGAUUCAUAUUACUAUAGGAGUUUAUUCAUGGUACCCUCCUUGCUUUGGACUUGCUUUCUUUGUCACAUCACGUUUUGACAUUUCCUUAUUUUGAAGAGAGACUUGUAUGUUAUGAUUAAAGAAUAAAAUCUCAUCUACUAAUGAUGAUGUAAAUACAUGAAUACUAAUACGUGAGAAUGAUAUGUACUGUGUCUGAAAAUCGGUACUUGUUGAAAUUUGUUGAGUAUUGGAGACUUACGAAUUUAGACUCCACUGCUGUUCUGUAAUUAUCGAGUUGGAGUAGGAAUUCACACAUAGAGAGGAUUAAGAGGGUCCCUUCUAAUGUGAAACAAAUUUGUAUAGUGUUCCUAAGAUCGGUUCAACACAAACAAUAAUACCCCGUGUUGCCUCUGCGAAGGUAGGAGUGGUAUGUUUGUGGUUUGUGUUACAAGAUGAUUUUUGUUCAGUAUUAAGGAGAAGAGUAUGUAGCUUCUUCCGUUCUCUUGGUAUGAAGAACAAGCUUAGGGUUAAAACACAACUGACUCAUGCGAGUGCAGUGCAAGCAAGCACAUACACGCAUAGGCACAUGCACAUGCCCCAAUGCUGCCCCCACUCCCCCCAACACAAGUAUCUAAAUAUGUGCUUACACAUCCAGAUACACUACACAUGUACAUACAUAUCCAGAUGAAUUCAAUCACACAGAUCCACACACAUGUGCAACCAUGCACGUAUACAUAUGUAUACAUAUCUACAUACAUGCGCAUCUUUGUUUACAUCAAUGCACACAUUUUUGUGUGUACAUAUCUAUAUAUUCACAUAUACACAUAUAUCCAUAAACUAACACUCAACCACACACAAAUAAACAAACACAAACAAGCACACACACACAAACAAGCACACACACAAAUAAACUAACACGCGCACA